CACCUUUCGAGAUCUCCCCCUCGGCGAUUCCGGUUUGCUUGCUCGAUCGACGUUUCUUCGGACGUCAAUUCCAUCACUUUAGUCCGACAGUAUGUUUUGCUUCCAGUGCCGGGCUGUGCCCGCCUCUCUCCGGUCCUCCAUGACCGCGGCCACCAGAAUCCCCAUCUCCGCACAAGCCGCCGCCCGCGCAUCAACCGCAACAACCACCCCGAUCCGCACCCUCAUCACCACCACCUCCUCCUCCUCCAUAACCUCCGCCUUCUCUCCCCUUCGCGCCCAGCAACAAAGAUUCCAAUCUUCUCUCCUUUCAUCAACCACCGCCUCCUCCUUCCUCCCCUCCACAUCCCCCUCCAGCACAACCGCCCUGCUGCAACAAUCCCGCUCCUUCUCCGCCAGCGCCUGCCUGCUCGGAAAGCGUAACACCUACAACCCCUCGCGACGGGUGCAGAAGCGCCGCCACGGAUUCCUGGCUCGGAUUCGGACCAGGGGCGGCCGGAAGAUUAUCCAGCGGAGAAGAGCCCGCGGCCGGUCUACCUUGAGCUGGUAGAUUUUCGGUUUUUCUUGGGGCCUUCUCUUCCACUUUCGUUUUCCCUUCCACUACAGACAGACAGACAGAGAGAGAGAGGGGUGGGGGUGAAGAGGGGCCACGGAGGUUAGGGGCUUUUUCGAUCGUUCAGUGGCUCUGUUGGGACCAUUGGCUGGGGUACCUCGCUGUGGG